AGUUCGAAACACAGAGAGAGAGAGAGAGAGAGAGAGAGAGAGAGAGAGCGAACAGCUAGACAGAGAGGAGAGAGAGAGAGAGAGAGAUGAAGGUAGCGAAGAAGAAAAUGGGCGAAGAAAGUAUUCCCACUGACACCUUUCGGCCGCCGUCACCGCCUCCCGUCGCCGACCAAGCCGUAGGAGAAGCGGACGCGACGGAGGCGCCGGAGCCGGUGGUGGAGGGAGGCGAUGAGCAGGAGCAGCGGCAAGCGGAAGGAGUAGAGGGAAACGGCGGCGAAGAGGCAGACGAGGAGGAGGAGGAGGAGGAGGAGAGAGAGGAGGAGGACGAGAGAGAGAAGGGUUACGACGACGAAUUCGGCGCCCUCCAAAUUGAAGACGGCGGAGAAGAGGCCGACGAGCGUCCCAAGCUCGCCGAAGGCUUUUACGAGAUUGAAGCCGUGCGUAAGAAAAGGGUUCGCAAGGGUGAAGUUCAGUAUCUCAUCAAGUGGCGUGGCUGGCCAGAGACUGCUAACACCUGGGAGCCCAUAGAGAAUCUUCUAUCUUGCUCUGAUAUCAUUGAUGCAUUUGAAGAGAGGUUCCCUCUAUUUCCCCCCUUUAGCUUGGGAUCGGGGAAACAUAGGUCUUCACGUAGACGAAAGCGGAAAUAUGGGGGUACACAUACUCAACCCAAGAAGAAGCAGCAAACUUCUCCUGCGGCAGCUACCUAUAAUGUACCGUCUUUCAAAGUCAGGAUUAUUGACGAACCGGUGCCCAUGGGUCCUCUUGUUGACUCAAACAUUGCCAAUGAUGGGAACAGAUAUUUUGGGGGUGUCAAUGAUGUUGAAUCUUCAAAGCAAGUUGAGAUCAAUGAGGGGGUGAAAUAUUUCGGGGGUGUCAACAAUUGUGAAUUGAAGCAAGCCAAGGAGAAUGGGUUUGGAGCAAUUUCCUCACAAAUCGAAGAAACAAAAGAGGAACAUGAAUUGAAUUUAAAGAUUAGUGAUCUUAGAGGAGCAAUGGCUGCCAAUGAGGGAAGUGUAGAUAAAAUUAGAGGAACAGUGGCUGGGAAUCAGGAAAGUGCAGAUAAGUGUGCAGUAAAUUACCAAGAAUCCUAUGCUUUUGAAGGAGAUGCUAAUGGGCAAUCAAAAGUUGAUUGUCUUGAUCAGGUUCCACCUGGACGCUCCACUGGAGCUAGAAGAAGGAAGUCUGGUUCUGUCAAGAGGUUUAAACAAGAAUCAGUACCUUGUGAACCGAAGGAGGCACAAAAUGCCAUGGCAAGAACUACUAAUGGACCUUGUGGUAGAGUUGAAUGGCAAGGGGGUGGAAAUCCUGAGUUUGUAGGGAAUGCUUUGGAUCACAAGAGUAAUUUUGAUAACUUAAGAACUAUGCCUACCAUCACCGAGAUCAUAAAGCCUAUAAGCUAUUCAUCUUCCGUGAUAAACAAUGUUCGUGAUGUGUGCGUAACCUUCAUGGCUUUGAGGUCCGAUGGAAAAGAAGUGAUGGUGGACAAUAAAUUUCUCAAGGCUCAUGAUCCACUUCUGCUGAUCAACUUCUAUGAGCAACAUCUCCGGUACAGCCCUACAACAUGAGCGGACAAGAAGCUGAAUUAUGUCAUUUUCUGCAACCUAGUGUUGUAAUUUUGUAGCCGAAUGCUAUACUACAGUUUAUCUAAUUUAGCUGUAAAGUGUUAACCACAAUGAUGAUAAAUAUUAGUAAUGUGCCCUUUGGUUUUGGCAAAUCCAAUGUAGGAUUGAGACUACACCUUCGGGUUUGUGUGGUGGUUCUUAAGAAAACCAUUUGCAGGUUUGAUUGUUGGAGAAUUGGAUCCCGUGUGGAUUAUCUUGGUCAAUUAUGUGCUUCAGGGGUAGUGGAUUUGUUUUCGUC